AUGGCCGGCAGGCCAGUAGGUUCGGCUACUAGUCCUCCUCUCCCUCCCAAUCCGGGAGGGAAUGGAGGUGGGGGGAUUUUCACCUUGGAGAAGGGUGGGGCUGCUCUUGAUGGCUCGGGAAAGGAGUUGUGGCCUGUUCUUGGUGGUGGGAUUGAAGAGGCUACUCCGGGGGAGCAUGGUGAUAACGGUGAAGUUGGUUUGAUGCAUGGUCCGAACCAGGCUGCUGCAAAAGAAGGGGCUGGAAAUGAUGAGAGUACUCAGCGGAGAGUUGGGGCUAGUGAUCCGAGGAAGGGGAAGGCUGCUGUUCCUUGGUCUGCUCUUUUUUCUACAUCUGCUUCGACUUAUGGUGAUGGUUUUAAGCUUUCUUAUGUGAAACCAGAGUUGAUUGAUGGGGUGCUGGCUGCGAAAUGUCCGGAUGUAAUGGUUAGCAAGGGCCUUGAACGGUGGAAGAAUACCCUUAUGGGGCACUUUAUCGGUGGAAGGCCAAGCUUUACUUUUGCAAGAGAUGUUUUAUUAAAACAGUGGAGGAUAGCAGGUCAUGUUGAUAUUAAUUUAUUAGAGAGUGGAAUCUUUGUUUUCCGAUUUAAUCUUGAAGAUGACAAAGUUAAGGUUCUUGAAGGAGGGCCGUGGUAUGUUCAAAAAAGACCAAUGAUCUUGCGCCCUUGGAGUCCAGAUGUUUGCUUAGAAAAGGUAAACUUAUGUUAUGUUCCUGUUUGGGUAUCCUUACCCAAUCUCCCUUUUCAUUUCUGGUCUCCCGAAGCUCUUAGUUCUAUUGGGAGUGUCAUUGGCAAGCCAAUUGUGACGGAUAAGAUGACAAGUUCUAUGGAGAGAUUGUCUUAUGCCCGCCUUUGUGUGGAGGAUUUUUGGGCAUGCUUCGAUGCUUGUAAGUUUGGCGCUAGCAUUCCCAAUCAGAAAAUACCAAAGUCCAAGCAGAAUGAUUCUCGUGUGAUUUCGGGAGAUGAGGCUGCAGACUCCUUGAGACAAAAUGCUAAAUUUGUGGCACAGGUUUAUAUGGAGGUUGACAAAUUUGGAGAUAAUCUGAUCAAGGAUCCAGAAAAAUCAUUGCCCUCUUUAUUGAUAUCCAUUAACAGCUUAUUCUCAAAACUGGAGGCAUCUCUGCGGUAUUCACAUGAAAUAUUUCAGGGUUUCUCUGGUUCUGUUGAUUGGAACAGCUCAUUUCCUCUACUGUUUGACAAACUGCCGGAGGCUAACCUAAGAAGUUCUCAAUGGACAGAUGGUCAAAUAAUAGAUGCUGUCAACUUGAUACACGAGAAUCUCCACAAACUUGAUUUUUUCUUAUCAGUCCUUGUUCCAAGGUACCGAAAACCAAGAAGAAUCACUUUAUACUGGUUUCGUUAUACAUGUGGAGCAGUUGGCCUCAUGGCUUGUUCAGUGUGGCUCCUACGUCACAGUAGUUUGAUGGGAAGUUCUGAUAUUGACAACUGGAUUCAUGAAGCAAGGGAUUCAACAGUUAGCUUUUGGAAUGAUCAUGUAGAGCAGCCGCUUCUGUCUAUAAGAGAUGAACUCUUUGAGACAUUCCGGAGGAGACACAAAGGUGUGAUGGACAUUGAAGAAGUGCAACUGACUGCUAAUUCUCUUCACAGAAUGUUAUUGGCUUUCAGUGAACAAAUCAAAAGUAAAAAAUUUCCAGAGGAUGUGUCUGAUCAGGAAAUGAUGGAAAUUGUAAUGGGCAGUUAUGAGAAGGAGCUUAUGCACCCGAUUCAGAGCCUUUUGGGUGGAGAACUUGCUCGUGCUUUGCUUAUUCAGAUUCAGAAGCUAAAACUAGAUAUUGAAACGGCAAUGCUUGAACUGAACCAGAUUCUUAAGGCCAAUGAAAUCAACUUUGCAAUUCUUGCUGCUUUACCAGCCUUCUUUCUCUCACUUAUUUUGCUCAUGUUAUUGCGUGCCUGGUUUACAAAGGAAACUGGGGCAGAAGGCAGGGGAAGAAUAGCUCGGGUGCAAAGGAGGCUACUUAUUGUGGAAGUUGAGAAAAGGGUUAUGCAGUUCCAAAAUUGUGUGGAUCAGGGACUGGAAGAAGAUGCUCAUUGCAUGUUUGGAUUAGUGUUGUAUAGUCUUGACUGUCUGCACAAGGCUGUUGAAAGGCAUGCGAAAGCCACAGGCGAAUGGCUUAGUUUGAGACAGGAUAUUACGGAUUUGGCGAAGCCAGACCUGCAACUUGCAUAUAAACUUGCUGUGACAUCACGCAUGGAGAGAGUGUAUGACUGCUUGCUUCCGUCAUCAAAACGCCGGUAGCUCCUUUUUCUUUUCCAUUGAAGGGCAGUGAAACACCUUCACACUGUCUUAGACGAGGGCUAAAUGGCCCUUUUUUGGGUAUCUACUUGGGUGCAUGGUAUCACUGUUGUUAUAAACUUAAAAUGUUACUU